ACCUUCAUCUUUUUUUUUUUGACGCAAAAAAAAAAACACCUCCAUCUUAAUAAAUGUCCUAAACACAUCCCAAAAGUUGUGGUCUCUGUUCUUCCUCCCUUUUUAAAAACCUUCAUUCCAACACCAAUUUCAUCUUCACAAUCACAUUCAUAUACAAUCCCUCUCUCAACACUUUUCACAACUACAAAACCAAGCAUCAAUUUUUCAAGCUAACCUAUGGCGGCAGGACUAACCGCCACAAUAACCUUACAACCCUUAAACCGUCACUAUAAACCUUUGUUUCCUCAUCUUCAAAAACAAACACCAACACUUAUUUUUUCCCCUUUAAGAUGUUUUUUACAUCAAAAAACAACCUUAAAAACCCAAAGAUUGAAAAACUUCACUCUUUGUGUUCUCAUGGAAGACCCAAAACAAGAUACCCAAAUGGAAAUUGAAGAUGAAAAAUCACCCCUUUUAGAGAAUAAUUAUGUUCCUCAAAUUGUGUCACAAAAAAUGGAAGAGAAAAUGAAAAGAAAAAAGUCAGAAAGGUUGACUUAUCUUGUUGCAGCUGUUAUGUCUAGUCUUGGUAUAACAUCUAUGGCUGUUUUGGCUGUUUAUUAUAGAUUUUCAUGGCAAAUGGAGGGUAGUGGAGAAAUUCCUUGGUCAGAAAUGUUUGGUACAUUUGCUCUAUCAGUUGGUGCUGCUGUGGGUAUGGAGUUUUGGGCUAGAUGGGCUCACAAGGCUCUUUGGCAUGCUUCCUUAUGGCACAUGCAUGAGUCCCAUCAUAGAGCAAGAGAAGGAGCUUUUGAGUUGAACGAUGUUUUUGCAAUAAUCAAUGCUGUCCCUGCUAUCGCUCUCCUUAACUUUGGUUUCUUCCACAAAGGCCUCAUCCCUGGUCUUUGCUUUGGUGCGGGUCUUGGGAUUACGGUGUUUGGGAUGGCCUACAUGUUUGUACACGACGGAUUGGUUCAUAAGAGAUUCUCAGUAGGACCCAUUGCCAAUGUGCCCUAUUUCAGAAGGGUAGCUGCUGCCCACAAACUUCACCAUUCAGACAAAUUCGAUGGGGUGCCAUAUGGGCUGUUUUUGGGACCAAAGGAACUUGAAGAGGUGGGAGGGUUAGAAGAGCUAGAGAAAGAGAUAAGUAGGAGGACAAAAUCAUACAAUAAUAGUUCAUGACAAAAGCAAACACUAAUCUAGAUAUGUUUUAAAAAGUUAUCAUUGUAAAGGAAAAUAUUGAAUGAAAUGAUAAAGAAAAAAUAGUUUUGCUUCCA